AGUAGUCGGAUCAACGUUAGAAUCGGUGCUUCGUUCUUUUGUUUAUUUCUCCCUCUGAAACAGCGUAGAUUUUAGGGCUCUCUAUCGCCGUUUGCACAACAGGCUUUUUUUUUCUUAAUCCCCUUUAACGCCUCCACCGCCGUCCAUGUCUACGUUGCAGACGCAGCGCAGAGAGGACAGCGCCCCACACCACGAACGCGUGAGCUCCACCGGCUCCCGCCACAGUAACGGUCACCCUUACAGUUGUGUUAGAUCACCGACCUCCAACGACGGCGCGCGUACGUUGUCGUCGACCUCGGCCUCGGCGGCGGCGGCUAACCUGUCCGCGCUCGUGCCGCCGUCCAUGCGGCCGCAGGUCUCCAUCACCACAAUGGGGCGCCGCUUCUCGAGUUCUUCGGAGUCGAGCUCCUCCAGUAGACAUCGCGGGAGCCACUCCGCGCAACUCCAACUCGACGGCUUCGGCAGCCCCGACAGUUUUGAGAUGGGCGUCAGCUACAGCGGCAUGUCCCCGCCCCGUCCGUCCCCCACGAACCCCAGCCUGCGAAGGCAGCGCCGCCGCCGCCGGUCCUCGCUGUCCGACGUUAGCGUGAGCACCGCCGAGGAGGAGUGGGGUGCCGCCACCCUACCACCACUACCGGCCGCGGUGGCGCUUCCGUAUACCUCGCCCAACCGCACCAUCAGCGCUGCCGACUACGCGCCUUUGUUAGCAACAGCAGAGAACGCGGAAGAAGCAGAAGGUGAAGUAGCAGAGUACGUCUCACCCUCCUUACUGAAGCUCGCACGUCCCCGCUUCGGUCACGAGCCGGCAGUCGUGCCGCCAACCCCCACCUUUUUCCCCGCAGAGAAGGUGGACAGCGCCACUCUUGCGGAGGCCAGCCAGCCAUCUUCCUCCUCCGCCACGCCCUCCACCCUGGCUACGGCGAACAUCGGAAACGCGCCAGUGUCCACCUCCUCCGCCUCCGCAUCACCACUUCCGACCGCCGACGUCACUCUCGUCUCGACACCGGUGGCUGUGCCGCCUGCUGAAGUUGCCGGCGCCGUCAACACACCGCCCCGCCCCGCCUCGGUAUCGACGCCGCAUUGCAGCCACGGCGAGGAUCUCGACAGUCCCCACCCAUCGGCCGACAGCGCCCACGAGAAGGAGAUGUCGAAGGUGCCGUCGUCGCCGUCACAAUCCGCGCAACCGACGCUGCCCCCACUGUCUCCGCCGCCACCGCCGCUCCGCCACGGUGCUCCGGCCCCCGUCCACGAUGUGGGGCCGAUGCCGCCCAUGGCGACCGCACCGCCCAUCGCACCGCGACACCUGCACCCGUUUGGCGCGUUAGACGCGGAGGCCCCUGCAGAGAAAAUAGAGUUUAUGCCGGAGGGGCCGGAAGCGCCAGCGGAGGCGUCGCGUAGGCGUCACGACCACCACCAGCCCUCACGUACCGCCACCACGCCGGAACCGGCGCACGCGACCAACAACCGCACCCGCUCCGCACGACGACCAACGCAGUCCGUGCAGACCGCCAGAGCUCGAGCGCAGCAGCGACGUCACGCCGUCUCGACCUCGCCGCACGCACGUGAGACCCCGGUGUCGCCGCUGCCGGAGUACUUUCCGGGCGCGAAGCGGCUCGACGACGAUCGGGUGCCGCUUUCGACGAAGUUCGUGCUUGGCACCGCGUGCGUGGUUGGCGUGGCGGUUGUCUUGUACCUCGGUUGUUCCAUCUACCGGUACGCGUCCGUCAGCGUGAGGGAGACAAGCACGCCAGCUCCCACCUCGCGCUUUGCGUGGGCGCGCGCACCGAAGACGACAGUGGUGAGUGAUAAGGACGCGGCGAGGGUCGCGCGUGAAAUUCGUGACCGCAUUGUGCGCAACAUGAAGGGAACCCUCUAG